UGUUCCCGAACACGUCGGGUGCGGAUAUGAGCAUUAGGUAUCUGCUCUUUAUUGAGGACCUAGAGCAGCUGGGAUGUUAUAUUUGGGGCGCCGCUGUUCUGGCUUACAUGUACAGAGGAUUUGAUCGAGCCUCUAUGGGCGAGAGGGUUGAGGUCGCUGCAUUUAGCCCUCUUCUUCAGAUAUGGGUGUGGACUAGGUUGAGACCUUUUCAGCCCAUAGCUGCUCACCCUCCCGAUGACUAUGUUGCUGAGGAUAUGCCAUACGUGCGGAGAUGGUCGCGAGGCUGUACCAGAGGUGUGGAGACGCACCAUGUCAUUCUCCCGUUUAGGGAUUAGUUAGACCGCAU